UGAUAACCCAUUCUCAAAACGUACAAGCCUUCAACAGCACAGAUUUAAACACAUCAAUCCCGUAAUUUAUCUUUUUCAAAUAAAAGAAACAACGUUUUUCCUUGUCUGAACUCCCAAAAGCUGGAGUGCAGUGUAGAUCGUAUGGAGUGAGGCAAAGUGAACUCAGUUUCUGCACUUACCGAUGCAGUGGCCUCCCGCGGUUCCCCUUAUGCUCCACCUUCACUCUUCCAUCCACAUUUGAAUUUUUUUGUUUUUCUGUUUGGUUUCAAAUCUUGUUUUAUCUUCGAAAUUAUCGAAAUUGCCUUUUUUUUUUGUCGCAUUUAUGGAGCCAACAGAAAAUUCCGACUCUGAUUCCAAAUCUCAGUCUCUUACUUUGGUCACAACCGGAGACGAUAAUGUGGAGCAGCCAUUGCCUCUAGAGAUUUGCGUCCCGGAAGAAAUUGCCGCCGGCGCCGAUGAUAACAAGCUUCUACCGAGAAGAUCCGCCAGUAUCUUUCAGUUACUUCCAAUUCGGAGUGUUUUUUCGAGGAAAUCCGAUAUAGAAACGGUGCUUGAGAGAUGCCUGAGAAGGUCGCCCAGAAAUUCAGCGUUGUUCGUUAGGGAGAGCGCAAAUGUGAGGCCCAAGGCCAUUGUGAGUUUAGAAACUGAAGGUUGUAAAAGGAAAAUUAAGGAAAGUACAACUGUAGAGGGUAAGAAUCUUAGAAGGUCGCCAAGAUUUACUACCAUUUCAGCUGCCGCUGAAAAUAAAAAAGUCCUCUCUCUUUCCGCGAAGGUUAUGCAGAGUCGAAGCUCAAAAAGUCAACGGUUCAAGUUAAAAAAUAAAGGGGCAAAAAUCAUGAAUAUUGAAAGAACCAAUGGAAUGGGGUUGAGGAGAUCUCCACGAUUGACUUCGGCCCCACCUGAAACCAAAGGUCGCGCAUCAAAAACUAUUUUUAAAUCCUCUGACAAAGGUUCCUACUCUGAAACAAGAUCUUCUGGAAAGUUGAACGGCAAGCGAUUAUGUCUGUCAAAGACCGAGGAAGCGGAUAAAGGAACUUUUCCUUUAAGGCAUAAUGAGACAAACUUAAGGCUUAUUAUUGAAAGGCAGUUAAGAAGAUCUCUGAAAUUUAGCCAGGCUACUAAAAAUGGUAGCAGUGAUAUCUCUGUUAGAAGAUUGGAUAUGGAUGAAGUGGUCUUUUCUGAAGAGAAGCUCUUGGGAAUUUCUCCCAGUUCCAUGCACGCAACAGAAAAUGGCGACAGUAAUGCAUCUUUUAGAGAACAUAGGAGGGAAAUGUCUGAUGAAAAGCAGUUGAAAACACCUUCCUCACUUUCUACAUUAUUGGCUGAAGGUGAUAGUGCUAAAGUAAACUCUUCUUCCAAUAGAUUAUCCAAUUCAUGUGAUGAACAGCCUUCCAAGAAAUUUAAGAUCUCAUCAGCAGAAUCAGAUAUGGGAACCUCAGAUGAAACAUUCUCAAAGAAAGCCAAGGGCUCGUCUCUUUCAGGAAAGAAGAAGAGCCAAUCCAAGACUGAUGUUAUAUUUAUAGGCAAUCCAAUCCCGGAUGACGAAGCUCAAGAAAGGUGGCGUUGGCGAUAUGAAAUGAAGAAUACAAAAUCUAACAGAAAACUCAUCUCAUCGGAUGAUGAUGAUGAUGAUGAUGAAGACAAGGUAGUUUGGAAUGUGGAAUGCCAUUAUGCUCAAGCUGAAAUUGAUGGAUGUACCAUAAAUCUUGGGGAUUGUGUUUAUAUUAAGGGUGAAGAAGCAAAACACCACAUUGGCAAGAUAUUAGAAUUUUUUAAAACAACAGAUGGAGAAAAUUAUUUUAGAGUCCAGUGGUUUUAUAGAGCUGAAGAUACAGUAAGUACAGAAAUUAAGAUUUCUUUUAGAUCAUGCACUAUUUCUUAUCCUGACCUUUGUUGCUUCUGUUCUGCACAUCAUGCAAAGGUUAUGAAACAAGAGGCUGCUUUUCAUGAUGAAAGACGUGUAUUUUAUUCAACUGUAAUGAAUGAUAAUCCCAUAGAUUGCAUUAUUUCAAAAGUUAGUGUUACUCAAAUAUCACCUAAGUUAGGUUUAAAAUCAAAUUCUCUUCCCCGAUCUGAUUUCUAUUUUGACAUGGAGUAUUGUGUGGAUUAUUCAACAUUCUGCAACUUGCCACCUGAUAAUUCUUUCAAGAGCUACAGUUCUUCAAAUUGCUGCAAGGAAGUUUUCCCUUCGACUCCUGCCUUUUCAGCUAAUAUUCCUAGUUUUGGAACUUACCAGGCAGAACUCACACUACUAGAUCUUUACUCUGGUUGUGGCGGAAUGUCAACUGGUUUAUGCCUUGGUGCAAAAGCAUCUUCCAUUGAUCUAGUGACGAAAUGGGCAGUUGACAGUGAUAAGUCAGCAAGUAAAAGCUUGAAAUUAAAUCAUCCAGAGGCACAUGUCAGGAAUGAAGCUGCUGAUGGUUUUCUUCGACUACUGAAGGAAUGGGAAAAGCUUUGCAAACGAUAUGUAGUUGACAAUUUAGAAAGAACAUAUCCGUCAAGAUUCAGAGCCUCCGAAGCAGUCAUGAAGAAUGCAAGCCCUGCAAAAGAUGCUGAUACCUCUGCUGAUGAACUCGAGGUCUCUUGUCUUGUUGAUGUUUGUUAUGGUGAUCCCUGCAACACAGGCAACCGUGGACUAAAGUUUAAGGUUCGCUGGAAGGGAUAUAGCGCAAGUGAUGAUACGUGGGAACCAAUUGAAGGCUUAAGCAAUUGUCAAGAAUGUAUUCAGGAAUUUGUAAUUAAAGGAUUCAGGUCCAAGAUCUUACCCCUUUGUGGGGAUGUUGAUGUUAUUUGUGGUGGCCCUCCAUGCCAAGGGAUAAGUGGCUAUAAUCGCUUUAGAAAUGUUGAUUCUCCAUUGGAUGAUGAAAGAAAUCGUCAAAUAGUGGUCUUCAUGGACAUAGUUGAAUACUUAAAACCUAAGUUUGUUUUGAUGGAAAAUGUGGUUGAUAUUUUGAGACUUGACAAGGGUUCUCUUGGAAGAUAUGCUUUAAGUCGGUUGGUACAUAUGAAAUACCAAGCAAGGCUUGGAAUAAUUGCAGCUGGUUGUUAUGGUCUUCCUCAAUUCCGGUUGCGUGUUUUUUUGUGGGGAGCACAUCCUAGUGAGAAGCUUCCACAGUUUCCACUUCCUUCUCAUGAUGUUAUUAUCAGAUAUUGGCCUCCUCCUGAGUUUGAGCGCAAUACAGUUGCUUAUGAAGAAGGCCAACCUCGUCAACUUGAAGACGCUCUUCUUCUCCGUGAUGCCAUUUCUGAUCUCCCACCUGUUUCAAAUAAUGAAGUUCGCGAAGAAAUGACAUAUGAAAAGCCUCCUGAAACGGACUUUCAAAGAUAUAUAAGAUCUAGUAAAUACGUGAUGACUGGUUCUGCAUUAGAUGGUGCCACAAGAAUAAGGAACCUAUUGUAUGACCAUCGGCCUGCUCCGUUAUCUGAGGAUGAUUAUACAAGAGUCUGUCUGAUUCCAAAGAGAAAGGGGGCAAAUUUUCGAGACCUCCCUGGUGUAAUUGUUGGAGCAGACAAUGUGGCUCGGAGGGAUCCAACACGGGAAAAGCAGUUUUUACCUUCUGGAAAACCAUUGGUACCAGAAUAUGUAUUUACCUUUGAACAAGGAAAAUCUAAAAGACCAUUUGCAAGAUUAUGGUGGGAUGAGACUGUGCCGACUGUUGUAACUUAUCCUUAUUGUCAUAGCCAGGUAAUAUUACAUCCAGAGCAAGACCGAGUUCUCACAGUCCGGGAAUGUGCAAGAUUACAAGGUUUUCCUGAUUAUUAUAGAUUCUGCGGGACAAUUAAAGAUAGGUAUUGUCAAAUUGGGAAUGCGGUUGCAAUUCCGGUUGGUCGAGCCUUGGGAUACACAAUGGGGAUGGCAUUUCAGAAAGGGAGCGGGAAUGAACCACUGAUGAUCCUCCCUCCUAAGUUUUCUCUUUCCACCAAUAUCCAGUUAGCAAAAUCAUUGUCCCAAAGCACUGAUGAUUGAACCAAAACUGAUUUCUUAACUUUAUAUGCAUGCUUGCACUGCACCAUUCAUAAUGUGUAUCUCUGACAUAAAGUUUUCAUGCAAAAGCUCUUAUGCUUGCAUCUUUGUAUCCUUGACCUGCCAAAGCUUGCAGCCUCUACUGUAGUCUCUCAAAUGUAAUGAAAUGGUUUCAUUUCUCACA